ACGAGCCGGGGGAUGGCGGCCCCGGGGUGUGGGGGCCCUGCCCAGCUUACCAGCCCCCGCCCCCCUCGCUUCCCUUCGCAGUCCAGAGGGCAGUCUACAAGGACCUGGUCCUGCUGUUGCAGAAGGACUCCCUGCUUACCGAAGCCCAGCUCAAGGCCAAGGGGGAGCUGAGCUUCGAGCAGGACCGCCUGGUGGCCGGGGGACAGCUGGGGGAGCUUCACAAUGGGACCCAUUAUCGGGAGGUCCGCCAGUUCCUGUCCAGUUCAGGUCACCACCUCCUCCGAUUCUAUUUCCUCACCCGAGUCUACUCGACUUAUGUGGAGUCUGUCCUGGCCGAGUUACAGCACGGGCCACCGCCUGACCUGGUCAUCAUCAACUCCUGUCUCUGGGACCUCUCCAGGUAUGGUGGUGAUGCCAUCAGAAGUUACCAGGAAAACUUAGAAUGCUUAUUUGAAAGGAUGGAAGAAGUCCUGCCUGCCUCCUGCCUCCUGGUAUGGACCCUGGCAAUGCCACUGGGUGAGCGCCUUACGGGAGGCUUUCUGCUGCCAGAGCUGCAGCCCAUGACGGGCUCUCUCCGAGCUGACGUGUUGGAGGCAAACUUCUAUUGUUCCAUGUUGGCUGAUGGGCACCGAUUUGAUGUACUGGACCUGCAUUUCCACUUCCGGCACGCGGUUCGGCACCGGCGUUUGGACGGCAUACAUUGGGACCAACAUGCCCAUCGCCACGUCUCCCAGCUGCUGCUGGCCCAUGUGGCUGAGGCCUGGGGGGUGGAGGCUCCCCGCAGGAGCACCCCACUUGGUGAGUGGAUGGGGGCUCUAGAGGGCAAGGGACAGG